UAUGGCUGGCAGGUUUUGAUUGUGCGGGCGACGAGGUGCUUGUGGAGUCUUCGCCGCCCGCCUCCCCCGAUAUGGCGGCCCAACUGGCUGCGCCCACACAGGGCACAAGCGCUGGGAACGCAUCGCCGAAUACAGUGAGAGACCUUAUCGUGAUACCGGAGAUUCCAAACACGAUACAUCUUUCUCAUGCUAUACAGCAGGUAUCAACAUCGGUGGUGGAAGUGAACGGCGAUAGUUCUGGUCAUUCUAGUCCCAACAAUGAAACGCAGCACACGUAUAUUGUCGCAAUGCGGGAUGUGUUGAAGCCGGGAUCUGUGGAGGCUGUCUACGUUAAGGCUGAGAGCAGCAGUGGUGAUGAAUGCGAGGGUGGGAAUGGCGUCAACUACCAUCUUCAAUAUGUGGAGCCUCAAGAGAUCUAUACUCAAGGGCCGCAAGCACAUAUGGAAACGCUCCGCGCGUACCCCGUGUUCGGCGUCGCGAACGUGGAGCCUGUGAGCGCGGAGGCAGGUGCGGGCGCGGACGGCGAGUGGAGCGGCGAGUUCACGUUCACCGCGGAGGCCACGGGGGGGACUGGUGCGGGGGGUGCGGGGGCAGGCGGUGCGGGAGGGGGGGAGCAGCCCGUCUCCCCCGCGCCGUCGCCCCGCAUGCCGCCCGCCACCGUGCAGUGGCUGCUCGAUCAUUAUGAGACGGCGGAAGGUGUAUCCCUCCCCCGAUCUACUCUGUACGCACACUACCUACGCCACUGCGCUACACACCGCCUCGAACCAGUCAACGCGGCGUCCUUUGGCAAACUCAUUCGUUCCGUGUUCGUCGGAUUGAGAACUCGUCGUCUCGGCACUAGAGGCAACUCGAAGUACCACUACUAUGGGAUACGCGCUAAACCGACCGCGCCACGGGACUCUCCGACAUUCCAGAAUAAAUUGGACCUGGAUGAACAACAGGAGCCGCGUGAACGUGAACCGGAACAAAAUGCAGUUGGUCUCAACGGUGUGGCACAUCGUCAGUUCUUGGGAACGGUGGUGCCACCAGACCCUCCAGAACUAUUCAUAGAUGAUAUGCCGGAAGAUGUGCCCCCGAAUGCGCUGCAACUGCUUAAGAACCAUCAUCGGGAUCACGGCGUAGAGUUCCUCGAGGCGGUCGCAGCACUGGACACGGCGGCGGUGGAGCGCGCGCGGCGCAGCUUCUGGAAGCGGCCGCCCGCCGAGCUGUGCCGGCGCGCGCUGCUGCGGCUGGCCGCGCGCCGGGACGUGGCCGUGUGGCUGCGCCGCGCCGAGCUGCAGCUGCACCAGCGCGCCGUCGACCUGCUGCUGCCCGACGUGCUGCGGCCCAUACCCUCGCAGCUCACGCAGGCGAUCCGCAACUUCGCGAAGACGCUCGAGUCAGCCCUAUCGGCGGGUUCGUGCGGCGCGCCGGCCCUGGCGGUGCGUGCGCAGGCGUCGGCCGCGGGCGCGCUGGCGGGCGCGCUGCGCCGCUACACGUCGCUCAACCACCUGGCGCAGGCCGCGCGCGCCGUGCUCACCAACCAGCACCAGAUACAGCAGAUGGUAUCGGACCUGAGCCGCGUGGACUUCCGCGUGGUGCGCGAGCAGGCGGCGUGGGCCUGCGCCUGCGGGAACGCGCCCACUGCGCACAAGCUCGAGGCCGACUUCAAGGCGACGCUGGGGCGCGGCGCGUCGCUGGAGCAGUGGGCGGGCUGGCUGGACGCGUGCGUGCGGGCCGCGCUCGCGCCGCACACCGCGCGCCCCGACUUCACCGCGCGCGCCAGGAGACUGCUGCUCGACUGGUCCUUCUACUCCUCGCUGGUCAUACGGGAGCUGACCUUGAGGUCGGCGGCGUCGUUCGGCUCGUUCCACCUGCUCCGUCUGCUGUACGACGAGUACGUGGCGUUCCUCAUCGAGCGCCGCGUCGCCGCGCACCGCCACGAGCCGCCCAUCGCCGUCAUGCAGCGCGCGCUCGAUGAAGACGACGAGUUGCCCGAAGAGCCAGCUCGUGCUGAAGAGGAGGAGGGCGAGGGCGGGGAGGGCGGGGAGGGUGGGGACGGGGAGGGGGGAGACGGGGGGGACGGCGAGUGGGAGUGGGGGGAGGAUGACGACGAUGACGACGACGAGCUCGACUGCAAGAAGGCGCGCCUCUCUGAAUAGCCUCUGUUUCCCGAUUGGGAUUUUCUGAACCUGCCGCUUUAGUGAGCAUCUACACCAAAGCUUCAAAGGGCAAACUUAUUAGAGACUGUAAAUGUGAUUCUGUGCUCAUGUGCGUUGAUUCAUUUUUAAAUAGAAUGUUUUAAAAAUAAUUAUUUUGCUUACUGGCAAUUUCUCAGUUGCCAUAAGUUGCUAUAAUUCCUAAAAGUGACAAGUGAUUGAAGUGUCAAAAUUGACGGAUUCCUUUUUUCCGGGUUUUCUGGGUAUUGUAGAUGCAAACCAAAUUAAUUGGUUUAUUCGUACGUGGAUUCAAGCAAAGAAAUCUAGUCACAUACAUAAUUUUACAUAACUAAGUGUCUAUGUCUUAUUGGAAUACAAGUUUAUUGUCAAAUAUGUGUUAGUAAAUAAUUCUUAUUUAAGUACUUCGAGUGGAAGGUUUCGAUUUAGGGAUUACUAUAGGUGGAGACAACGGUGUCGCCUUAAAAUUAUAAUGUCAUGUGUAUAUAAAAAUUAAAAAGCAAGUCAAGAGUUUUUAAAGAAAACUCGUAAAAUUUGUCACUAUUAUUUCGUUCCAUAGAUUUAAGGCGAUACCGUUCCACUAAAAAAAUGAAGUUGUGUUAGGAUUUCCAGCACUUUGUAGAAAUCAAAAUAUGUACUGCUAUUU